CUUUCGGAUCUCUAAAGCUACAAACCCAAAAACUGGAUUUCUAAAGGCUCCGCCGCCCUCUCCCUCCUCAUCGUCACUUUCUCUCCUCGCCUUCUGCGCCCACACUUGGCACCGCGAGGUGUCCCUAUCAAACCAAUCUCCAUCCAUCUCUCUGGUUGUUUUAAUAAAUAAAUAUAUAUAUAUUUGCCUUGAGGAAAGCCCAGGAUGGGGGUCGGUGGGUGCUUAGUCCUGCCCUGGCGGUGCCUGGUCGUCCUGUCUCUCAGGCUCCUCUUCCUUGUGCCCGCAGGAGUGCCAGUGCGCAGCGGAGAUAACACCUUCCCCAAGGCGAUGGACAACGUGACCGUCCGGCAAGGGGAGAGCGCCACCCUCAGGUGCAUUGUGGAUAACCGAGUGACCCGGGUAGCCUGGCUCAACCGCAGCAGCAUUCUCUAUGCUGGCAAUGACAAGUGGUGUUUGGAUCCACGAGUGGAACUUAUCGCCAACACCAAGACUGACUACGCCAUCCGGAUAAACGAGGUGGACGUGUACGAUGAGGGGCCCUACACCUGCUCUGUGCAGACGGACAAUCAUCCCAAGACGUCGCGGGUCCAUCUCAUCGUGCAAGUACCUCCCAAAAUUGUUGAGAUCUCUUCGGACAUCUCCAUCAAUGAAGGUGGCAAUGUCAGUCUCACCUGCAUAGCUAUGGGCAGGCCGGACCCUACAAUCACUUGGAGACAUAUCUCACCCAAAGCCGUGGGAUUCAUGAGCGAAGACGAGUACUUGGAGAUCACCGGCAUCACUCGGGAGCAGUCAGGGGAGUACGAAUGCAGCGCAUCCAACGAUGUCGCCACUCCUGUUGUGCGGAGAGUAAAAGUCACAGUGAACUACCCGCCAUACAUCUCAGAUACUAAGAACACUGGGGUGCCGGUGGGACAAAAAGGCAUCCUCCAGUGUGAAGCCUCUGCAGUUCCAUCAGCUGAGUUCCAGUGGUACAAGGAUGACAAAAGGCUCAUUGAAGGACAGAAAGGGUUGAAAGUGGAAAACAAGGCCUUCUUCUCCCGUCUGACUUUCUUCAAUGUCUCUGAGCAGGACUAUGGAAACUAUACCUGUGUGGCCUACAACCAGCUAGGAAACACCAAUGCCAGCAUCAUUCUGUACGAAAUAAGUGAGCCCACAAGCUCAACCUUGUUCCAAGAGACAACCACACUUCAGACCCCCUGGAAAGGCCCUGGAGCAGUGCAUGAUGGGAACAAUGGCGGAUCAAGAAGAGUUGGCUGCAUCUGGCUGCUCCCCUUCCUUCUGUUGCAACUGCUGCCCAGGUUUUGACCUUGUCAACCACGGCGAUAAGAUGACGACGGAAGAAGAAGAUAAAGAAGAAGAAGUGAAGAAGAAUAUUACAAUUUUUAAAAAAAUAAUCAUAAUAGUAAGAGUAUAUUAUGAGGAAAUAUUGGGGAGAGAGAAAGGGAAUCUGAAAAAAAGAAGAAGAGUCCAAAUUGUUCUGCUGAUGUUUCAACACAACUGAGUGUUUUGUUUUCUCUCUUUUGGGUUUUAUUUUUCUCAUCCACCCCCUCCCUCACCAUGGACAAGGAAUGCAGCUGUUGGGGACCAACCAGUGCAUUUGGCUGAGUGACCAUUGAUCCCCAUCUGCCCAUCCCCACACUAGCAAGGCAGCUGACUCAGUUUUUUCUUUUCUCUGAAAUCUGCCCAACUCUGGAGGAUUAUGGUGUCGACUACCCUGUGCACAAAAUACGUCACAGUUCCCCCAACCCCACAUACACCUCUGGUCCCCUCCCCUCCUCUUCACGGACUGCGCUGUCAGUUUGCUUCUUUGAUUGCAAACUACGAUGAAACGAUGACAGGACCACAACCACUCUGAUAAAGCAACAGCCACCACAAGCAGCUUCAAGGAAAAGGGAAAACACGACGACGACCCAAAAUCACAUGAUUGUUAAGACAUUGGUUCAUUGUAUUACAUGGAUGUCAUGGAUAAUAAGGGAUUUUGAGUCAUUAUUAAUUUUAUUAAUUAUAUUUUCUGAUAUGAGUCUAGAACUGUUAGUUCAUAUAAAAAAACCCACAAAAAUACAAAAAAAGAGGAAAUAAUGGGGUGGAGGAGAGAGAAAAGUAAGUUAAGAACAAAUUAAGAACAAAUUGGCUAAUGGGAUUCUUAACUGGCUUACAAGGAGGUGGAAUGUCAAUGUCUCUGGCUGUUUAUCAGAUGGGUCUGGAUACAAUUUGACCCGUCCAGCAGAAGCAAGAGAGAGGGAGAGAGAGAGGACGAGCAAGUAAUGCCUCCACCAGCAUUAUCGAGUUUUCAUUCAUUAUUCUGGUGUUCAACUCAAGAAGGUUUUCCACUGUCUUCAUACUGUUUGGAAGUGCAAAGGUUGAUGCUCACUGUAUCUUGAGUUAGAUGGAUAUGCUUAUUCUUUUUAUGAGCUAUAUAUAUAUAGUAUAUAUAUAUAUAAAUAUACAUACAUAUAUAUAUAAAUAUUAUAAUAAUUAUUAUUUUGUUAGCAUCCUAGCACAUUAUUUCUCAGCCAGGUCCUUCUGCCGACAUUACUGCAUGCUGUAUAUGAAGUUAGCUGUGUAUUGGUCUUUUCAGACACAAGGAUAGAGUUUUAUUGGUAACUGUGUAAUUAAUUCCUGCUUUUUCUUUCAUUUUUCUUUCUUUUUCUUUUUCUUUCCUUUUUCGGCCUUCCCGUGGGUUAUUUACAUGUUGAAGACAUUUAUAUAAAAAAAGAAAAAAGAAAAGAAAGAAUGAAAAAAUAAUAAUAACAAUUCUGCAGCGUCUCUUUCCAUAUUUGGAUUUCUAUAAAUGGGGAAAACAGUGGUGAUUAAAACUGACACACAACCUUCAUUUUCCCUGCGCUACACAGCUUUGGAUAGGAACACAACAAGGACACAAAGAAAAAUAAAAAUAAACGAUGUUUCAGUGAAUAGUACGUCUUUUUAAAAAGAACCCUCCAACACACACACAUGCACAUACCCCAUGUCUACUAGAGAAAUUGACUCACGUCAGUUUUGUUCUCUCUUUUCCCUUUCAAUGGAUAGAAGUGGAGAGUUGCACCUUGAUGACGGACGGUUUUGGGGGAUAGCUCAGUAGAUGGAGACCUCCUUUGUCCUUGAUUUGUUUGGAGGUCAAAACUGGAGGUUGUAUCUGACUUUACAUUAAAAAGAAAAAAGAAUAUGUUCCAUGUUCCUCUUCAGACUGAUUGUGAUACCUCAUUAUUAAGCUGGUUGUGGAGAGAUGUGCAUAUAUAGCUAAUGCAGCAAAACAAAUCAUCAAUAAAACAUUGAACUUAAA